AUUUAUUAUUAAUAAUAUUGUUCAGCCAGAUUUAUGAACGAACAAUGAGUAUUGACUUCGUUUGUCCAGGGUGACAACUGACAGUGAAAUGCGAAAGUGUUUUGUGUGAAGCGCAAGCUUUAUCAAAAUGCUGUGUCACUUUCUGGUCAUUGUAUCGGUAUUAGUGUCAGUGGCAGGUCACGGUAGAGUGUUAGAGCCGCCAUCUAGAGCCUCUAUGUGGCGUUAUGGUUUCCAAACUAAGCCCAACUACGAUGACGAUGGAUUGAACUGUGGAGGAUUCUAUCGUCAAUAUAAUAUUAAUCGCGGAAAAUGUGGUAUUUGUGGUGACCCUUACGACAUGAAGAAACCGAGAACUCACGAAAUUGGUGGCACAUACGGCCAGGGUAUAAUCGUGGCUCAGUUCAGAGCUGGUCAGGUGUUCACAGCAAUAGUUGAAAUAACAGCCUUUCACCGCGGCUACUGGUAUUUCAAGAUAUGUCCUAAUUCUAAUAGAAAUGACCAAUCGUGUUUCGACAAAUAUCCAGUGGAACUUAAAAGUGGAGGAUUUAAAUAUUAUCCACCUAAGUCAGGAUUACAUAAGGUCGAUUAUCGCUUACCUGAGGGGUUGUUUUGUGAUCAUUGCGUUUUACAAUGGAGAUAUGUUGCUGGUAACAACUGGGGUUCCUGUGGCAAUGGGACAGGAGCACUGGGUUGUGGGAAUCAGGAAACCUUCGGCGCUUGUUCCGAUAUAUCUAUCAGUGCGCCGAAUUAUAUACAAAAUGGACCAUUUCCAGUCCAUUUGGCAUAUUUAAAUGAUGUCGAUAAAGGUCUGCUUGAUUUGCUUCGAAAAAUAACGCCAAGACACGUCAAAAAGAAAUCGCCAAUGUCUAAUAAAAAUAAGAAAAAUCACCGAAAACCUAGAAAUAAAGAUACAAAACAUUCGAAACGAAAAAAGUUCUGGCAGCCCGAGACGUGAAUCACAUGUGCCAAUAAAGGACGCUCCACAAUCAUAGUUAUUAUUUAAUAUUAAAGAUAGAAUUAAAACACA